GCCUUAUCAAUGCAUAAACAGUACCACGUUUUUUCAUUCGAAUGAAUUUCGAAAAAGUGCACGAAAAAAACAAUUACUUUAGUUUUGGUUUUGGUGUAUGAGUUUUAGUUAACUAUACGAAAAUGAAGCAAUCAGACGUCAAUGAAGACAACGGAGAAAUAGAAUAUAAAAGGAAUCUACCGGCUUUCGGCGGCAUCGGAAGUCUCCAAUUGGGAAUCAGUAAAAAAGAAAAUAAUGUCAAUAAAAAGAAAAUCCAAGAAGCCGAAGAAAAACGACAGAGUGCGUUGGCUGAAAAAUGGACAACGCUACAAAAUCAAAAAUCUGCUAUUGCUAAUGCACUUAAAGGUGAAUCCUUGAACAAAAAAAUCAAAUUCGACGAUAAUGGAAGUCAACGAAUACCCGUUGAAAAGCCGUCAAAAAAAAUGUCACUAUUUGAAGAUAAUGACACAAAUGAAAAUAACGAAGAACUCGUAUCUGAUUUUAAAAUGAAAUUGAGAUUUGAAGGAGAAAAAGGCAAAAAGCUGUUUAAAAUGCAAACGGCCAAAGCUACUGGAGACGAUCGUUUUAUGAUGGACAAACGAUUUUUUGAUGAUCAAGAAGCCAUUGAAAAAUUAAGUGAUGAUGAAAUAGAAAAACAAAUGAACAUAUUAGAAGGUGUUGUUGGUCGAACUUUGACAAAACCCAAAAAAGCCGAAAUGGAAGAUCGAAUGUUCAACAUGGUUAGAUACGAUCCGACUCAAGAGGACCACAAGAAGUAUAUAAAAGACAAACCAGAGUUGCCUAAACAAAAACGACAGAAAAAGCAAAACCCCAAAUCGGUCAUGUCGAAAGUAGCUACCGAACCGGUUGUAGACACAAAGAAAUAUUUUAAAAUCAACGAAAAACUAAAAGACGUAUUCAGCAGUGAAAGUCAAUUUAGCUUGACCAGUCUAUUUCCGGCAUCGAAGAAACACGAUGGCAACGAAGAAGAGUAUCAAACCGAACAAAUUAGCAAGUCCCAAAAAAUGUUUGGCAAAAACCCGUUUAUCGAUGAUUCCAGCGACUCCGAUAACGACGAAGAUGACAAUGAAUAUAAUAAAGAAUCCAAAGACGACGACAAUGUUAAUGUUGUUCCGUCAGAAAAAAUUUUGGGCUCCAGAGGCGUCUGGAGAGAGAUGUUUUUUUUCAAAAUAGACGAUUCCAGAUUUAAAGAUGCUGAAGAAUUUUACGAUCCUCAGUACAACAAGGGCGUGUACAGUGGAAGUCAAGAUCCGAGAUUCAUCAAAAAGAGAGAUAUGCUGCGUGAAUUUUUAAAAUCGAAAAAUAAACGGCACAAACGAGAAGUCGGUAAAAAGAUGUUUGUUAGAAAACUGGGAGGCACUCGCAAUAACUCGAGUAAAGUAAAUAAAAAAAGUCUACUAAAAAAUAAAGUGUUUCCUAGCAAGAAUCGAAGAAAACCUAACGAUAAAAAGUCUAAAUAAGAAUAAUAAAAGUACGUUUUUUUUUUUUAUGUGAUAACAGAUUUUGUACAAAUUAAUUGUCAU